AUGGCUAUUAUCUUACUCCCUCUUGUUUUGCUGCCCCUAGCAUUAGCUAUUCCACAUGUGUCGAGGGCAUCAAAGUUCAAUUCAACGAUCGAAUGGCGAUCGUGCCCGGAAGUGAAGGAUUUAGUUGAUGCUUCGAACGGCGUAGAAGGAGCUCCUUUCGAUUGUGCUACGUUACCAGUCCCACUCGAUUACGAAGCUAAUGAUGGGGUCCUCCUCGAUCUCGCACUCUUCCGCGUCAACGCUACAAAGGAGCCUGUACUCGGCACAGUCCUCUUCAACCCUGGCGGUCCAGGCGGAACUGGUGGAGAGAAUCUCCCAAUUCAAGGUCCAGACAUUGUUGAGACUCUCGGAGGACAGUAUCAUGUCGUCUCAUGGGACCCACGGGGAACCGGAAACACUCUUCCAUUCAACUGCAAUCAUACACAAUUCGCAUCAACGCUCAGCAAGCGCGACGAAGCAGCUCACCUCAUCAACACCAACGUGACCGAGUACUUCCUUAGCGAAGGAUGGGAAGCCUCCGUUGCGUACGCAGAUGCAUGCUUCGAGCAGAUGCAGGAGACUGGUCGCUUGAUCGGCACUGCUUACACGGCUCGAGACAUGCUCGCAAUCGUGGACGCUCUCAGCGAGGGUGGGCAGCUCCGGUACUGGGGUCUGAGCUAUGGCACAGCGCUCGGCAACUAUUUUGCGGCCCUGUUUCCAGACAGAAUCGAACGUAUGCUGCUUGACGCAAACAUGAACCCAUGGGAAUAUCGUAGGGGUAGUUACGGGCCAUACCCACAGGACUCGGACAAAACGUUCAACGCCUUCCUCGAUGAAUGCAUCAAGAAUGCCCCUAAUUGCAGCCUGGCCACCUCUACCAAUGCCUCGUCAUCGGCCGACAUCAUCGAGGCCAUCAAUGCCAGCCCCAACAUUGGAUUCGCAGAACUCGCCGCAAGUGCCAGCACGUCUACAGCGGAUUAUUACGCCCUUCUGAUAUCCAAGUUUUGGGUUUUUCGCCGACUCUACGAUCCCAUAGGGUGGCCAACUCUCGCAGAGGACUUGGCGUUUCUCCUGGCCGGCAAAAUACCCGAAUCCCUUCUGCCCGCCAACACCACGGGAGAUGCGCCUCCCAAGUAUAACGCUCUUGCUCCGAAUGCCCUCGAUGGCAUCCGCUGCAGCGAUGCGCUCUGGUCGGGGACGACUGACCCGCUCGAAAUUCUUGACGACGUCGAGAAAUCUGCCAACACAUCUCUUGACUUUGCAGACACUCUGUUCACUUCUACGUGGGCAUGUGCCGCGUGGAAGCUACCAGCCAAAGAGCGCCUCGAGGGCCCAUUCGAACACGAGACCAGUUUUCCCAUCUUGUUCGUCAAUGGCCUGUUUGACCCAGCUACUCCUGCGGCGUUCGCCGUGAACGCCAGUAUGGGAUACAAAGACUCGAAGGUUCUGCUGCACAACGGCUAUGGACACGGUCUUAUGGCAAAUCCCAGUGAGUGUGUCAAGGGUUAUGUGAGUAGGUACUUUAUGGAUGGCGAGCUGCCGGAGGAGAGUGGUGAGGACGGAGAAAUAUGCGAACGCGAUCAAGGCCCGUGGGAGAUGUACGCUGACAGAAUAGCGGCUGAGAGCUCGGCGACGGAGAGCGCUGGUAGUGAGACGAGCAGUGCGAGUGGAAGCACAACCUCUGCUGCAAGCUCAGCCACCUCGACUGUGACCAGUGGUGCAAUGGGGAGGCAUACGCCUUUUAUACAUUACGUAUGGCUGACGGCUGGUGUGUUGGGGUUGGCUGCUUUGUUGUAA